AUUGAGUUACAAGAAAUGGAUAGAAUCCCAUUUCUCAUAUGAGGCCCUCUUUCGCCUUGCCAGAGAUAACAAACACUCUGCUAUACCCUCCACCACCAAUCUUUUUUCCCCUCUCACUCCCAACUUCCCAACCCUCUCAUCUUCCUUCCCCCCCCCUCUCUCUCUCUCGCUCUCUAGAAUUGACCCUUCUGUUUAAUUUUUCCUUGAACCAAACCCUCCAUGGCAAUUUCAGCAGCAACAGCCACAGCUUCCUCAAAGCUCAUAUAUCCAUGUUCUUCGCCAUCCACCAAUCCCUCACUCCCAAUCUCAGACCCCACUCUCCGUGUAAAACCCACCAAACUAAUACUCUCUUCCUCCUUUAUCAACAACCCUUGUAACAUUUUCUUACACAACCCCUCCACAACCACCACUACUACCCACCAUCGUCGUGCCUUCACAGUCCGCGCCGCCCGCGGCAAAUUCGAGCGCAAGAAACCUCAUGUCAACAUCGGCACAAUCGGACAUGUUGACCACGGCAAGACCACUCUCACUGCAGCUCUUACUAUGGCCUUAGCUUCCUUGGGCGGCUCAGCCCCCAAGAAAUACGACGAAAUCGACGCCGCCCCAGAAGAAAGGGCCCGUGGCAUUACCAUCAACACUGCCACCGUCGAGUACGAGACCGAGAACCGCCACUACGCCCACGUGGACUGCCCGGGACAUGCCGACUAUGUCAAGAACAUGAUUACUGGAGCUGCUCAAAUGGAUGGGGCUAUUCUUGUUGUUUCUGGGGCUGAUGGUCCGAUGCCACAGACCAAAGAGCACAUUCUGCUAGCCAAACAAGUGGGUGUUCCCAAUAUGGUCGUUUUUUUGAACAAACAAGAUCAAGUUGAUGAUGAGGAGUUGCUACAAUUGGUCGACUUGGAGGUGAGGGAACUUCUUUCUUCAUAUGAAUUUCCUGGUGAUGAUAUUCCCAUUAUUUCUGGCUCAGCACUUUUAGCUUUAGAGGCUUUAAUGGAGAAUCCUGGUAUUAAGCGUGGCGAUAACCAAUGGGUAGAUAAAAUUUAUGAGCUUAUGGAUAAUGUUGAUAGCUAUAUUCCCAUACCGCAAAGACAGACAGAUUUGCCAUUUUUGCUAGCUAUAGAAGAUGUGUUUUCAAUUACAGGUCGUGGGACAGUAGCCACGGGGAGGGUUGAGAGGGGGACAAUUAAGGUUGGGGAGAUGGUUGAUAUUGUUGGGUUGAAGGACACUAGGAAUACGACUGUGACUGGGGUCGAAAUGUUUCAGAAAAUUCUUGAUGAUGCGAUGGCUGGGGAUAAUGUUGGAUUGUUGUUGAGAGGUGUUCAGAAGGUGGAUAUUCAGAGAGGGAUGGUGUUGGCAAAGCCUGGGACGAUCACCCCACAUACAAAGUUUUCAGCAAUUGUGUAUGUGUUGAAGAAGGAAGAGGGUGGGAGACACUCGCCAUUUUUUGCAGGGUAUAGGCCUCAGUUUUACAUGAGGACUACUGAUGUGACUGGGAAGGUGACUUCUAUCAUGAAUGAUAAGGAUGAGGAGUCUAAGAUGGUUAUGCCAGGUGAUCGAGUGAAGAUGGUGGUUGAGCUUAUAAUGCCAGUGGCUUGUGAGCAGGGGAUGAGGUUUGCCAUUAGAGAAGGUGGGAAGACAGUUGGAGCCGGUGUUAUUCAGUCCAUCAUUGAGUGACGACCAAGCUACUGUUUCUUCAUAUGGAUGGGUUAGGGUCUAUAUCGUUGGUUUUACAAAAUUAAUUAUGCCUUUUACUGCAACAGCCUGAAUCCAAUGUCCAAUAUGCUCGUGUUUUUUGGGUUGCUUUUCCUGUCUCCUAUUGUUUUAGUUUAGUUGCAGAACAUAAGUGUGAUGAGCCAAUGCAACAUACCUUUUAUCUUUUGCUUCAGUUGUUGAGCUACUUAUGGCGUUAUUUUUUUAGCUUUUGCUUGCUUGAGGAAAUGCUAAUAUUUUGCUUAAACGGAUUGAUGUUAUCUUAACUGUCAUCGUGUUUAUGCUUACCUUUGAUUGAAACAAUUAUUUAAAGCAAAGUGGUACUGGCCU